GGCUUGACAGGCCGUUUGGGGUUAAAGGUCAUACAUGACGUCAUGGCUUCCCCGUAAAAAAUGGCGGCUUACUUGUUUUGCCUGACGACUGGGGGAGGUGUGCCGCUUUUUACUCGCUCUAAACCCGAUCUCAAACCCCUCCCAUAUCCAGUGAUAGGUUCCCUGAAUGGUGUGCACAUGUUCGGAGCCAAUCACGAUGCAAACCUGGUCAGCACCACAACAGAGCACACCAAACUAGUAUGGAGAGUUUAUCAUGACAGUAUCACGCUCAUUGUGAUAUCAGUGGACCAAAGGGCUUCCGAUUCACAACUCCAGAGAUUCCUAGACAACGUCUUCAAUUCUAUGGUGCUGCUUUUAGGGCUAGAUGAGUUAAUUACAAUUAAGAAUGUGGAGAGAUUGAAAAGAGAUCUUCGUAGCUGUUACCGUUUGAUAGACUGUCUGAUGGAGAGUUCUGAGAUGUAUGGUGAUGUGACGGGAUGUGUAGAUGUCAUUGUGUGCCAGGAACAACUCAUCUUACAAGACUAUCUAGAUUCCUUUGUAAAUAGUGCAGACAGCACGUUCGGCUGUUUGUUGGUGUCAGGGAAAGUUGCCGUGGCAACCACCAAAUGGUGGGACCUGACUGGCCAGGAGAUGUACCUGUUGUCGUUGUUAGCCAGAGUUUUACCUCCGGGGUCUUCCAAGGACAUUCCUGUUUAUCUUCCACACGGGAGCCCAAAUGUGCCACACAGGUUGUUAAAUUUCCAGAUACUCCAGGGAGUGGAGGUGUGUGUACUGUGUGGGCCCACACCCUCACUCACAGAGGUGGAGACAGAGUUACUCGAUAGAUACUGGAGACCAUCCAUGGAGUCUUUGAGAUCUUGUUUGAGAAUAAAUCUUCGAGGGUUCCCCAGUAAUAUAACUGUACAUAUAGGAGUGUUAGGGUUGAUUAUUAUGAAUGUGGACCUACACAAGUGUUUGGGGACUGUCCAUCCCUUAUCUUCAGAAGAAAGCCAAAAGCAAGGAAAGAGCCUGAGCAUAGCCAGAAGAAGAGACAUUCUCAGGUCCUUCUACCAGUCAGUGACAGGGACAGUGUUUCCCCCCACCCCGGGUACAACACCACCAGAAGUUGUGGAGAAUGGCCAUGGCGAUGGUUUAGCAUCAGAAUCUCCUGUCGAGCCCCACACAGAGUUUGUGCAUUCAGCCCUGGACACAUACGUGAUUGGGGAGGACCACAAGUGUUACGCCACCAGGGAAGGGCCCUACCAGAUCUAUGUGUUAUUCUCCAAAGAUGUGCCAAAAUAUGCCCUCAGAUCAAUAUCCAUGACAACAUUAUCCUCUCUCACCAAGGACAAGUUGUUCUAGUGGAAGGAACAUUGUGAGGGUGUAGGCGAUAGAAUACAAUGUUCUUCAAAGGCAGCUAUUAUGACUGUAUUCUUGUCUAAUCGUGACCAAUCGUUUUUGUGUAAUUUGAAAUGAACUGUUGAAGAUGCUAACUCGGAGUCAAAGGUCCAUCCUCAAGUCUUCACCUGGCUCUGGGUAGAUCAGAUGAGGUUUUUACCAGAGCAUCAACCAGUCAAGUUGUUCCAUAUCCAAACUGUUGUCAAAGUACACUUUGGUAUUUUAUCCGAAACAAGACCAUUCAUAUCCUGAUGAUAGCUAAAUGAAACAGAAGCAUCACUUUUGAGACUGAAGCAAAGCCAAAAUGAAAGUACGGUUUGAGGAUACUGAAAAAUCUUUUCAUUCUAAGAGAAUGAUUAAUGUUGUAAAAUGAAGCCAUAAAAUUGUAUUGGAUGUCAUUUUCUAUAAUCUAAAAUAUUCUGUACAUUCUAGAGUUUCUGUUACCUCAAAAAUUAUUUUUCCUAGUACUAUGUAUAUUCCUAUAUUGUAUCUCUGUUUACUUUAGUGGCAUUCAUAUAAAGCCUAGGGAAAAAUGUUAUGUUCCUUGUUACCAGACUAACCCUAGCCGUUUUGGAGUCAGCCUCCAGCAAGGGACGUAAAAUUUUCAAUCCGACAUUUGAGUGAUAAAAUUCUAAACACACUUUCUGUAUUUCUCUCUAUUAACUGACAUUAAGAAUUUGAACAUUUUGUACAUAUAUUAAACAUUGUACCGUACAUUGUACACUUUUUUGUAUACUUGUGCUUGAACAUGAUUAAUAUUUUGAAUAUGUUGAAAAUACCAGUGUCCACUGGCAUUUCAAUUUUGCAUUGUUAAACUGUUUUGUAAUUUGU